CGGCUAACGGAAAGAAGGUAACGCGUUGGUUCAUCAUUUUUAUAGUUUUAGAAGUGGAGCAAGGGAAAGGUGAGAGAAACUAUUGAUAACAAGCUUCUCAGCGAAGUGCCUAAGAUGAAGCUGAUCACCGUCUACACCAUUGUCGAUCGUCUGAAGAUCAACGGAUCUUGUGCUCGUGCUGGAAUCCGUGAGUUGGUCAAGCAGGGAAAGAUCGUCGAGAUCUCUAAGCGUGGUCACUACAUCUUGACUCGCAAGCAAUAAGUUCGACAUUUAUGUAAUCAGAAGUUGGUCAUGAAACGCUUUCUUUGUUUGAGACACAACCGUAGGAUUUUCAUUUGUUUUUGUAAGCAUGUUGGCCAAUAAGGUGGUUCUUGUAACAGGAAUAGCUAAUGGCCGUUCGAUUGCAUGGAACAUAGCGAAGAAAUUGUAUCAAGAGAAAGCCUCAAUUAUAAUUACAUAUCAACGUCCCGAGUUUAAGAAUAAAAUAGAUGCUCUAAUAAAGGACGAAUUGACAUCACAGGACAGUAAACAGUUGGUAUCCACUUUUUGCUGUAAUGCAAUCGAAGAGAACGAUCUAAAAGAACUGCAAACCUUCAUCUCGUCAACCUAUGGUCAUUUGGAUUCUUUAUUUCAUUCGAUUGCUUAUUCCCCGUCAAGCGCCUUACAUAACCCACUUCUUGACAUUUCAAAAGAAGACUUCAACACAACCUUGUCGAUCUCCACUUACUCUUUACUCUCUCUUACCAAAGCCAUGCAGCCCUUGCUGUCACCAUCUUCAUCGAUCACCGCUCUUUCCUUCCUUGGUAGUACGCGCUAUUUCCAAAACUACGGCAUUAUGUCCAUCGCGAAGGCAGCAUUGGAAUCCACGGCGCUCCAGCUCGCAGGCGACCUUGGGAGCUCUGGAAUUCGAGUGAAUGUGAUUCGUGCGGCUCCGGUGAAUACGCUGGCAGCUCGCGGAAUUCCUCGCUUUCUCGAAAUGAAGAACCAGUUCUUGGAAAAGCAGCCGUUGAAGCAGAAAAGUGUAGUCGAGGACGUUUGCGGGACAGCAGCAUGGUUAUGCAGCGAUUAUUCGAAAGGCAUUACAGGACAAGUCAUAAACGUGGAUGGAGGAUAUUCAAUAUUGGGAAUAUAG